AUGAGCAACAAAAAAAUUCGCAUUACAGUCGUGGGUGAUGGUGAUACUGGAAAAACUUCCAUUCUUAUUGCAUAUAAGGACAAAACUUUUAACGACACCUAUACACCAACAGUGUUUGACUCAUAUUCCAUGGACAUCCCCAUAUUUAACGAAAUAUACCACAUCAUUUUAUACGACACCGCAGGGCAAGAAGACUUCGAUAGACUAAGACGUUUCGCCUAUAAAGACACAGAUGUUUUUAUCCUAUGCUAUGCAAUAAAUAAUCCAGACUCAUAUUACAACAUCAAAGAUAAAUGGGUACCUGAAUUAAGAGCUCUCAAGCCCAACACAAAAAUCAUACUUACAGGAACUAAAAGUGAUCUAAAGAGAAUGAGUGGCAGUAUAACAACCGAGGAGGGGCAAACCUUAGCCAAACAAAUAAAAGCUGAUGGAUUUUUGGAGUGUUCUGCAAAAAAUAUGAUAAACAUUGAACAAACAUUUCAAACUGCAUUUUUAAGAGCUGUUAAGGUGGAUCGAAAAAACAAACAGAAAGGGCAUUGCGUUAUGUUAUGA